AUGGCUCCCAGAAGAGAUGUGACUCAUAACCAGGCUGAUGUCAAUCUAGAGGCCCCACUGCAAGGGGAGAAUCCUCCACAUCCGGCCAAUCCAAUGCCGGAUGAUCGACUCACCAGGCUGGAGAAUCAGAAUGAGCAACAUCGUCCACACGUGCCCUCUCAGAGGGCAGAGCACCAGUCGUCUUCUCCUACUCGGGAACCUCGUCAAUCCGGCCAGUCGAGCCAGGAAAUCCACCAUUCUGAGGCGGCAGGAUCUACUUCUUCCCCCUCACGAGAAGAAGGGACUUCGCAGGAGAGACGAUUGCGUUUCCUAGAUAGGUUCAAUGAGGAGGCGUUGAGCAUUGACGAGUUCAAUCAACGGAUCGCAAUGGUGGCACUCCAGAAUGGCUUGAGGGCUGGACCAUUCGCUCAGUCCUUGGCUAAGACUCCACCUCGUACUUUCACAGAAGCCCUUACACGGGCUAACAAGUACAUCAAUGCUGAAGAGGUGAUAAAGGUGAAGAGGGCUGAACAUCCUGAUAAGAAAGAAAGAGAGAAGGAGAAGAAAAAGCCGAUGGUGGAACAGAAGACGGACUACCGCCCCUUCCGAGCUCUAGAUUGUCCGGGUUUUGGGGGUGCACGGGGAAGCCCGGUGAGAUACACUCCCUUCAAUGCUAGUCGAGCAGAGAUACUCUUGGCACUGGAGGACAAGAAUUACUUGCGACGUCCUCCCCCACUGAAGUCUCCACCUAACACUCAAAGCAAAAAGAAGUAUUAUCGCUUCGACCACGGCCACGAGACAGAGGACUGCAUCCAAUUGAAAGAAGAGAUACAAGAGCUUAUCAACCGGGCAAAGUCGAACACCGCCCCGGAGAAAAGGAAAACAGCCCGCCAAGGAAGGAGGACAGAAGUUUAUCUUGUACACGUUGGCGGUGGGAAUAGUUCCAGGGUCUCACUCAAUUGCUCCCAAGAGCGUGGUAAUGAGAAGGUGGUCAUCACAUUCUCCGAAGAGGACCUUCCGGGCUACCCCAACUAUUCAGAUCUGUUGGUGAUCACUGCUCCAGUAAGAGAGUGGGAGAUGAGGCGAAUCCUCGUAGACCCGAGUAGCUUUUUGGAGAUUCUUUACAAGAGAGGGUUCCUAGGGGUGGGGUUCACUCUUGAUCAACUGAGGCCAGUCCGUGUCCCAUUAGUGGGUUUUGAUGGAAUGGUGAUUCAUUUCAAGGGGUUGAUCCGGCUACCCCUGACGGUCGGUAGUGGCUCUCAUAAAUCCCAAGUGACAUUGGAUUUUUUGGUUGCUGAUGUGCCCUCGGCAUACAAUAUGAUCCUUGGAAGGUCUGGGCUUAGUGCUCUGAGGGCGAUAUCGAGCACGUAUCCCAUGGUGUUGAAAUUCCCUACUCCGGGAGGGAUUGGCAAGGUAAGAGGAGACCAACGGCAAGCUAGGGAUUGCUAUGUAGCCUCUUUGAGUGCCACUAUUGCCAAGGGGUCAGAGUCAAACUCAAGAUUGAACCAGGAUGCUGUCCCUCAAGACAGUUAG